AUGGAAGAGUUAAUAGUGGAACUUCGCCUCUUUCUUGAACUCCUGGACCAUGAGUAUCUCACUGCAACUGUCAGGGAGAAGAAGGCCGCGCUGACCAACAUCCUGCUGCGGAUCCAGUCACCCAAAGGUUUUGAAGUGAAGGAUCAUGCUCAGAAGCAAGAGGCCAGCAGCCUGCCAGCACCCCCUCAGAUGCCUCUGCCAGAGAUUCCUCAGCCCUGGCUGCCUCCUGACAGUGGGCCUCCACCUUUGCCGACAUCCUCUCUCCCGGAAGGUUACUAUGAGGAGGCCGUGCCGUUGAGUCCUGGGAAAGCUCCGGAAUACAUCACAUCAAAUUAUGACUCGGAUGCGAUGAGCAGCUCCUACGAGUCCUAUGAUGAAGAGGAGGAGGAGGGGAAGGGGAAGAAGACCCGGCACCAGUGGCCCUCAGAGGAGGCGUCCAUGGACCUGGUGAAGGAUGCCAAGAUCUGUGCCUUCCUGCUGCGCAAGAAGCGCUUCGGCCAGUGGACCAAGUUGCUCUGUGUCAUCAAGGACGCCAAGCUGCUGUGCUAUAAGAGUUCCAAGGACCAGCAGCCUCAGAUGGAACUGCCUCUCCAAGGCUGCAACAUCACCUAUAUCCCAAAAGACAGCAAGAAGAAGAAGCAUGAGCUGAAAAUCACCCAGCAAGGCACCGACCCCCUUGUCCUCGCAGUCCAGAGCAAGGAGCAAGCUGAGCAGUGGCUGAAGGUGAUCAGGGAAGCCUACAGUGGCUGCGGUGGCCCUGCGGAUCCCGAGUGUGUUCCACCGCCCAGUGCCCCAGUGCACAAGGCAGAGCUGGAGAAGAAGCUGUCUUCAGAGAGACCCAGCUCAGAUGGGGAGGGUGCUGUGGAGAAUGGCAUCGCCUCGUGCAACGGAAAAGAGCAAGUGAAGAGGAAGAAAAGUUCCAAAGCGGAAGCCAAGGGAACUGUGUCUAAAGUCACUGGGAAAAAAAUUACCAAGAUCAUUGGUUUGGGCAAGAAGAAGCCAUCCACCGACGAGCAGACAUCGUCAGCCGAGGAGGACGUCCCCACCUGCGGCUACCUGAACGUGCUGUCCAACAACCGCUGGCGGGAGCGCUGGUGCAGGGUGAGGGACAACAAGCUCGUCCUCCACAAGGACAGGACUGACCUGAAGACCCACGUCGCGUCCAUUCCCCUCCGUGGCUGUGAGGUGAUCCCAGGCUUGGACUCCAAGCAUCCGCUGACCUUCCGGCUGCUUCGCAAUGGACAGGAGGUCGCCGUGCUGGAGGCCUCUUCUUCUGAAGACAUGGGCAGGUGGAUUGGGGUCCUGCUGGCUGAGACGGGGUCGUCGACAGACCCGGGAGCUCUGCACUACGACUACAUAGAUGUGGAGAUGUCUGCAAACAUCAUUCAGACGGCCAAGCAGACCUUCUGCUUCAUGAACAGGCGUGGGGUGUCCACCAGCCCCUACCUAGGGAGCACCUCCAAUGGAUACGCUCACCCCAGUGGGACAGCCCUGCAUUACGAUGACGUCCCCUGCAUCAACGGCUCGUGGGACCCGGACGACGGCUUCCCCGCCUCCGGUAGCAGAGGCCCAGGCGAAGAGGCGCUCUAUGAUAACGAGGGCCUCUACGAUAACCUGCCGUCUCCGAAAAUCUUUGCUCGCUCCUGUCCUGCUGACAGAAGGGCCUCCAGGCUGUCCGCUGACAAGCUGUCCUCUAACCUCUGCAAGGCCCCCACCUCCUGCGGCCCACCCUGCUCUCCGUCUCUCACUAACACCUCUGCUGUGGGGAGGGCGUCUCUCGGGCUGCACUCCCAGCUCAAGGGGAAGAAGCCCCCCGUGGCAUCUAAUGGGGUUCCUGGGAAAGGGAAGGCUCCCAGCAGUCAGCAGAAAAAAGUGGAUUCUGCAGCCAGCGUGAGACGGACGGCUUCAAAUGCUGACCAGUACAAAUACGGCAAGAACCGGGUGGAAGCGGAUGCCAGGCGCUUGCAGACCAAAGAAGAGGAGCUGCUAAAGAGGAAGGAGGCACUGCGGGACCGGCUGGCGCAGCUCCGCAGAGAGAGGAAGGACCUGAGGGCUGCCAUCGCAGUGAAUGCAGGCAGGAAGACCCCGGUGGCCCUGGAGGACAAGCUGAGGAAGCUGGAGGAGGAGUGCAAGCAGAGGGAGGCGGAGCGGGUCAGCCUGGAGCUGGAGCUGACCGAGGUCAAGGAGAGCCUGAAGAAAGCCCUGGCUGGCGGCGUCACCCUGGGGCUGGCCAUUGAGCCAAAGUCAGGGACAUCAAGUCCACAGUCUCCCGGGUUGAGGCAUCGCACUCUGGAGAACUCGCCCAUCUCCAGUUGUGACACCAGUGACGCAGAAGGGCCCCUGCCUGUGAACAGCGCUGCUGUCCUGAGGAAGACCCAGCCAGCGGGCAACUCCCCCUGCCGGGGGCAUGUGCUGCGGAAGGCCAAGGAGUGGGAGUUGAAGAAUGGCACAUAAAGGAAGGCCAGGCCACCCAGCCUCAGAUGGAGGCCGCACAUGUCCCCUGGCCUCCUCGCAGUGACUGUGGACGCACUCCCCAGUGUGACCAAGCAUGACUCCUGAGGGCCUGCGAGCAAGCCGCCGUGGCUCACGC